AUGACAGUAGACGACCACGAUGUUUCCGGCUUUCAAGGUUUAAUGAGCUCCUUAAACCUUGAUCCUACACAAUUCAAACAAUAUGAUCCACUAUUAUUCCCACAGUUCACAUUCCAGCAACUUCUGAAUCUCAAACUGGAAAUUGAAUCGCAAUUGAGUAUUUUGGGUAAUUUGUUGUCACAAAAGUAUGGCGCAGAUAUGAAUACCCCAUUAGUGUCACCGGAUGGAUUCCCUCGUAGUGAUAUUGAUGUGGUUACGAUUCGACUUUUACGGGUGCAAAUUAUUCGAUUAAGGAAUGAUUACAAGGACGUGCUCAAGGUUCUUGAGAACAAAAUGGAAGAGGAGUUCAAGAGACUCCAAGCAGAGGAACCCGAAUCAGCUAAACUGGAUGCGACAAAAGAGAGUCAUCAGAAACAAGGAGAAAUGGCUGGAUCGGCUUUAGAACAUACAUAUACUCCGUUUGCAAUUGUGAAAGAAGUUAUAGCUGGUGGACCAGCAGAAGCAGCGGGUUUGGAAGAAGAAGAUAAGAUUGUUUUAUUUGAUGGUGAUAUACAUUCUCUGAAUAACGAAAGCUUACAAAGAUUAGUUGAACGAGUGAGAAGGAAAAAUGGACUGAACAUACUGAUGAAAGUGCAGCGACGUGAGAAAAGUAUCAAUUUAACCUUACGGCCAACUGAUCAGUGGGGCGGUAAAGGCUUAUUGGGAUGUCGGAUCGUUCCAAUUAAUAGUUGA